GUCGGAGUUUGUAGUAUUAAUUUAAGAAUAUUGAAGGGAAAAAAAAAACCCCACAAAGUUCUUCAUUUUAAUUUUUAACCACACAAACUCCAUAUUUUGACCGUUAUUUAUCCACAGUCCACAGAGACAACUCUUUCAUGUGUGUAUGUGUGUCUCAGUGUCUCUGUCUUUUAUAUCUAAAUCUCAGUAUAGUCCUUUCCUUGCUAGCUGCUCCCAUGGCUACUAGGUAUACCCCACACUGAUCUUUUUAGUGGAAACGUGAGCUGAAGUCGCCUCCCCUCUCCCCUCUUUUUAGAGUUUGUGUUGGUGAAGCCUCUCUUCCCUUUUCCCUCUCCUUCCUCUCUUCUCUCCUCUUCUUCUCUCUCCUAAUACUCUCUCUCUGUUUCUGCUAGCUCACUUCUGAACCCUAAUGACAGCUUCUUCUCCAUGUUGCCUGUGAGAUUAAUUUAGUCCAGUUUUUGGCUGUUUCUUUGUGGGUUUUUCUUUUAAUUAUUUCAAGAACAAAGAUGGAAAGGAAAAAGAAGGCAUGGAAAGGCCUGUCAUGGUGGUAUUAGAUCUGAGCUUUGAAAGAAAUGGAUGGUAGUACUUAGUACUACUUUCUGAUUGUCCAUUUCGAAAAGCUUUUUCUUUUUUCACUCGCAGUUGUUUCUUUUUCCUUUGUUCUCAAAUUGGUUUGGCUAUAAGUGUGACGUUUUGCCAGAAGAAAGAAAAAUAUAAUAUAUUCAUAUCUCUCAGUCAAACUUCAUCCCGGCCGGUCUGGUUUCUUCUUUUUUUGGUCGCAAGGGACCAAAAAGAUGGAUUCUGGAAAUAGUGGUAGUUUGCAAUCAUCCAGUGGCGACGAAGAGUAUGAUUCACGUCCUCCGGCGGCGGCGGAUUCCAUCUCAGCUCUCAUGAACAACAACAACAACAACAACAACAAGAGGAUGAGAACAAUGGUUCAUCAGCAGGGUAAUAAUAAUAAUCCGUCACAGAUCAACGUGACAAACUUGGACCCUUUAUCCAAUUACUUUGACGCCAUUUCCCGGCAGCAACAACAACCACCACCGCCUCCCGGCGCCAACCACCACCCACCACCACAAAACUCACUCCUCAAUCUUGACAUGUGGUCAAAAACACUGAGAUCCCAUCUCAUCACUUCAUCAGCAGAAAAUCAUCUCCAUCAGCAAAUGAUUUCUUCUCCUCAAAAUAUACAGCCCUUUUCUUCAAACUCCUUCCCCGCGGCUGCCACAGUGAAUCCUCCUCUCGCCGGAGCAACAGAGAAUAACAACAACAACAACAACACAAGCGGCGGCGGAGGAGCAGCGGAGCAGAGAGCAGCCCACGUGGGCCGGAAUCCAAAGAAGCGAUCUAGGGCUUCCCGGCGGGCACCGACGACCGUGCUGACAACAGACACCACUAAUUUCCGGGCCAUGGUUCAGGAAUUCACCGGAAUCCCGGCGCCGCCUUUCUCAUCCUCUUCUCCCUUUUCCAGAAUCACUUCAUCCGCUACAAGAUUUGAUCUUUUCGGUUCUAGUCCUAAUAACAACAAUAAUAUUAGAGAUAUUGCUUUAGAUUCUUCACAAACUCCUCUUCCUCCUUACCUUAGAAGACCUUUUCCUCAGAAAGUACCCUUUCUUGCUUCUUCGGCUUCUUCAUCCAUGGUUGAUCUUGAUCAAACUAUUAACAACAACAACUUCAACAGUUUGCCCGGUAAUCUUCUCUUAUCAUCCUCGCUUCUUCAGCAGAAGCUUCCUCCUUCCGGUCUCAAAGUUGUUGGAGGGAUGAAUAAUAAUAAUAUCCUCCUAGAUCAAUUCGGACAGUUCAAUGGUCCGGGUUCCCUGAGUGGGCUUCCGGGUCUCAUUUCUUCCGAUCAAACAACAACGACUCCGGCGGCGUCGAGGACGAACUGGGAUGCGAAUAUGAACGGAAACUUGAAUAACUCCGGCAUAAUGAAUGCAGCAGCCACAGCAAACGGGAAACUGAACUUCACCGGAAAUCCGUCCAACUUCAAUGGCGAGAAAGGGAUCAAUUCUGAUAAUGUUGCUGCAGUUGGAGGAGGAGGAUCAAGAGGUGGUGAAGGAGGCAUGAUGGAAUCUUGGGUAUGUUCUUCAGAUUAAAGCAUUUUUCAGCCAAAAUGAUUACAGCAUAGAAAGUUUGAAAGGUUACUGUUAUUUACUAUGAUGAAAGAGAGGAAAUUUUUUGUUUUUUGUUUUUUGUUUUUUUUUUUUUUUUUUUGGCAAUGAUAUUAACCAUGACUUUCACCAAAGCUUUUAGGUAGCAAAAACAACCAUCAUAAUAGUAUUAGUAUUAGUUUGGUCCAGAAUUAUGUGUAAAUAAUAGCCUUCUUUUUUUUUGUUCUUGGGGUUUUUUUUUUUUUGGGGGUCCUUUGAUGAUAUAUAUCAUCACACUGACCAUACAUUUUUAGUAGCAGUAGUACAUAUAUAUGUAGAGCUGAUGAUGAUGAUGAACUUGAUGCUGAUCAUAUUCCUUUAUUUUGUUUGUUUUCCCAUCGAUUAUGCAAGUUCUAUUCAACAAAAAUACCAGUACUACUAUUUUUGUUCUUGUUCAUGUUUGUGAACUUACGUGUGGGAUUUUUUUUUGCUUUUUUGCAAUUUUUUUCUGUGUCUUCGUGGCUUCACAUUGGGGUUUGACUGAUGUAUACUGAAAUGUGUAAGAAAAAUCCAAGCUAAUUAUGGCCAAAAAUCAUUAAAGUCCGAAUUCCAAAAGGCCCCGAUUUUUAAAUAUCUGUGGGUGUUUUUUAAUCUUGAUUCUUCAUCGUACUUUCUAUUCUCUGUGCUUUUCUUGUAAGCUGCACUACUCUGUACAAUGUACAUGCACAUUGCUCACUUUGGAAGAUGGAAAAUAGCGUAUAUUAUGAGAGUAAGAUAUCUCUCUCCUCAAAUUCUGUACAUUUUAGUAUCUAAAAUUGUGCCAUACUCUUUAUAUCGUGAGUUUACUCACUCAUUACCAUUCUCAAGGUUACUACUUACUAGCAUUUUUAGCUAUGGGUAGCCCUCUGUGUGUAACAUGGUUAGAUGACCCUCCGACUGUUGUAAAGUUUUGGAUAAAACAUGAUAUUAUUCGUGUAUAAUGCCAUCGUGCUGUAAUAGUUUCGAGUUUAAAGCGAUGAUCUCCAUAUUGCACCAAAAAAAAAAACAAAAAAAAUUCAUUAAUCACAAACUAAUACCACACAGAAGAGUUAUAUUGUUGGCGUAAGAAUAGUGUUGUUGUGUUUAGUUUGUUUUUCACUAGAUUCUUUAAUGGUUUUUAAAUACAAUAUUUUACAUUCGAAACUGAAAAAAAAAAAAGAAAAAGAAAAGAAAAAUACACAGUGCAUCCAGUCACCAGUCUGACUUGUGGAAGUCUUGGGCAAGUGGCCCUUCAAUUCUGCUUGCCUUGUUUUUUUUUCUUUUCUCCCCUAGUUGGACACAUUCUUUAACAGGAUUACAACUAUUUUAAUUUUAUUUUUGUAAUUAUUUGGCCCUAAAAGAAUUUUUAUAUAUUUGGGGGAGUAUGUAAGAGUGAUUGGUGGCGAGAUUUUGGGGAAACGUUAGGCGCCGCAAUCUCGUGUUACAAUUGUGAUUUCUUUUUUUUACUUUAACAAAUUACCAAAAAUUCUUUUAAUAUUUAGCUAAUCUUUACUUUUACUCUAUUUAUUUAUUUUAUUAAUAUUAAUUUUGUCUCUUCCUAUGAACUAUCUAUGAUUAUUUUACAAGCGGUAGGGUGUGAAUUGUGAAGGCUUCUAGAGAUGGAUAGACCAUUGACCUUUUCAAUUGUGUAUAAUUUAAUCAUAAAGCGAUGACUACGUAGAACUAAUAAGUCUACACGUUUAGAUACGUGGCAUGUAUCGUGGAGUAAUAAAUACAAAGUAUAAUUAAUAGUAUAUAUCCAUACAACGAG